GAUGCACCGAGAAAAGCUCAAAAAUUAUGUCACUCGUUCUGUCACAUUUUUUAAACACCUUCACAAAGGUCGACGGACGAGAGCGGUGGUGUGAUUGGAUAGAUUUUCAUCAAUGAAGAUAAAUAGUAAACAGUAGUUUGUUUUCUGCGGAAGCUUCUCUAGCUGAUUGAUCAUGACGGACGACAUCAUCUAUCUGGUCCUUCUGGGAUCGUGUAUCGGGUUUGGACAGUUCUACCGGAAAAUCCAGAACCACGACGAGAAAAAAUGGAUCGGCACCGCCUUCGGGCUGCUCGUGGUCGUUAUGGCAUCCGGCCUCCACACGGUGCAUAUGCUGUUCUCUUAUCUGGUGUCGGCUCUUAUCAUUAUCUACUUCAAUCGCAAGAAGUGUCACCUGGUUAGCUUCGGGUUUAUGUUUGGGUAUCUGUUCUUCUUCCGAUCGGUGACGUACUUGGGUUUCCAGGCGCCACCCGGCCACAGUAAUAUGAUUCAGAUGAUUCUCACGUUGAAAUUGGUCGGAUUGGCCUUUGAAGUCAAUGCAGCCCACCUGAAGUCAAUUGGCGUCGGUGAAACAAAGAAGAAUGAUGAACCGGGGAAGGAGCUAGCCAAAGAUGUGGAAGUUUUGACAGAAAACGAGAAAGCUCUCUUAAAGCUGGACAUGAUGGAGAUUUUCCAUUACAGCUUCAACUAUGUUGGAGUCCUUACUGGGCCGUACUUCACCUAUAAGACGUACCGCGACGCAAUCUACCUACCAUUCAGUGCGAAAGCCAACUGCAUUCAAAGCACGCUGGAGAAGCUCAAGGUUAUUCCGCUGUAUGCCGGAUUGUUCCUGUUGGUUUCCUACAUUUGGCCCUUGAAUUACGCAACGUCCAACGAAUUUUACGAGGAACGGUCGUUCGUCUACCGCCUGAUGUAUGUGUGGCCGACGUUUUUCAUCUUCCGUAUGAGAAUUUACACGGGCAUUAUGCUGAGUGAGUGCGUUUGCACAAUGGCCGGGUUGGGUGCCUACCCGAAGGCGUGUGGAAAUAAGAGUGGACAUGGCCCGAGCUUGGAUUGCACCCCGAUGAUUAGCAACCCGGAUGAUCAUGAAUAUGACUUUGAAACCGUCCGUAAUAUUGAUGUGAUCAAUACGGAAAAGUGCUGGACGUUCCGCGAGGCAAUGAAAUACUGGAACAUGUGCGUUCAGUACUGGAUGGCAAUGUACGUGUACAAGCGAUUCCCGAGCAAAAAGUACCGCACCAUGGCCACGCUGGCAGUGUCCGCCAUUUGGCACGGAGCCUACGCAGGGUACUAUUUCUGCAUUUGUGCGGCUCCGUUCUAUCUACCGAUUGAGGACUUGUACGUGAAAUUGUUCAUCAAGGAAGCCACCGGAACGAAACGACAGGUGCUGAAUGUAGUUUGUUGGAUUUCCAAAUUCUUCGCAUUUUCCUACAUGGGAAUCGCUUUCCUACUGCUGACUAUUGAAAAGAUUUGGUUCUACUAUGGCUCGGUGUAUCACGUUGCGUACAUCAUGUGGGCGGUGAUGUAUGGUGUUGGAAUUUUGAUCGCCAAAGAUAGAAAAGCUAAGGCUAGAAAGGCGGAGAAAGCCAAAGAGAAAGCAGCCCAACAAAGUGGCGAAAAGUAGAUUUGAAUUAUGUGGCAUUGAAAACUAGACCAAAACGAUAUCUGCUCCUUGUUUAAUGGUUAUCUCAAUCUUACUAUUAAUUUAGUAGUUUGAUUCUCGAAUUAUAAAAAAAUCCUCGUAGAGUGGAGGACAGCUUUCGACAAAGUACUUCGAAAAUAGUUUAAAUAGAAUAAAAAUUGCAUUGAGAUUGAUAGUACUAAUAUUCAAACUAAAACAUUUGUACUGGAUCGAAACAACAUUAUAUCAAUGAACAAUCAGCCUUCACCCGUCCUUAGGCUUACUUGAUGAUUCAGAAGUCAAAAUGGCAUUAGAAUAGUGAUUACUUGGUGAUAGAUGCUUUGAGAGAUAGUUUGUUUUUUGUUUAACGCUUUCAACCUAUUUCAGUUGAAUGUGUAUAAAGAAUUUAAUGCUAGUUUCAUUUAUAUAAAUCUGCAAUUUGUGUCAAAUUCGUUCAAAAAUGCGCUGUAGUUGACACGGGAAAGGCUGAAGCACAUAACAUGAAUUAUUGAA